UGAACCCUGAUGCAUUCAGACAAGCUCCAAGACAACGUGGAGAGAGGAACAGCGAGAUUCCCGAAGCAUCAGCACGCACAUCUCUACUCAUCGAGUCUCCAGCAGACCAUCAUGACCACCAGAGUAUCAUCCAUUGUGCUGUUUAUCUGCCUGUCCUGCUUGGUUCUUGCAGAAGUACAGAGCGUCUCCUCUGCAGCCUUGUACUGCCGCUGCAUCAACACCAGACCCAUGGUGCAACAGAAGAGAAUCCGGAGGCUGGAGGUCUUCCCCCCCGCCCCACACUGCAGCCAGACGGAGAUCAUUGUGACCCUUGGAAACAAUCAGAGACUCUGCCUGAAUCCAAAGGACCCAGAUGUGGAGAGUUACAUUAAUUUGGUAAUGCACAAAAAAUGAACAACCUGGGAGGCCGGCUACUGGAUGUAUGAUUCCCAAUAACACAGAGCCCAUGGCAUUUAGAACCCUUUCAUAGAUGCAUGCAACAUCUAUACUGUACAUACUGCAUGUAUGUAUUGCAGUUGAGCACUCCAUAGACUAUAUUGGUGGACUGCAGUGCCUAAACGGCCCGUGGUGAUUUUGUGUGUCUGUGUGUGUGUGUGUCUAAGUGUGUGUGUGUCUGUGUGUGUGUCUAAGUGGGUGUGUCUAAGUGUGUGUGUGUGUGUCUAUGUGUGUGUGGGUGUGUGGGUGUGUGUGUAUG